GGGGAGGAGAAAGGUAAGAAUGACAGUGACAUGCUGGAAGACGCCAGAGGUACAUAUGGAGCCGAGGCGUGAGGUGCUCACAGAUCCCGAGGCUCCGCCUGGCUCCUGAACCUGUGGGUUUGUCCUGAUCGCAGCCAUGAGGAAUCCUGAGAGAACGCCCUGCAGUCAAAGACCGUCAAUUUUUAUACAUCUGUGAUCUGUGAACGGAAUAUCCACCCUGUGUGAAGGAUCAUCUGAUAUAAUUUUAACUAUAAAUCACCAUUUCUGAGAUCUGUGUGAUGAUCUUUGUGGAUCGCUCUCUGUCCUCAUAGAGGAGACUUUCCUGGUUUCCCUCAGUGACUCCCCUGCAAGGCCUGAGUGUGUCCGCCAUGUCUAACUCCCAGGAGCAGAGUCUGAAUGAGGACGUGGUUUUUGCCCCGAUUUCAGAGUCCAGCCCAGAGUUCCUGCACUGUGAGCGGGAGAGAAGGGCUCUGGAGUGCCUUCUGAGGGCGGGACCUGGCCCCUUCUACUCCAAACUCAACCAGGAGCGGCUGGGACCCUUCCUGUCCCCGGAGGAAGUCAAGCAGCUCUGCGGAUGGGCUCAGGACUACCGCUGCAGCGAGGACCCGCUGGAGGAGAUCCAGGCGGCAGAGGGGGAGGGCAGCCCAGAGCUCCAGGAUUUCUCCAUCGGCUAUUGGCCGGUGCACUCGGACACGCCCGUCCCCGACCUGGAGCUGGGCUGGCCAGAGAGACAGACAUGGGCGGAGUUUUCCCAGACCACCGUCUAUACCAGCCCCCCCAUGGAGCAGGCCCCUCCCAUACGGGAGGUGGUGAGGAGACUGAUCCAGGGAGCACACAGGGUGGUUGCCAUGGUGACAGACAGGCUGUCUGACAGCGCGGUGAUUGGCGACCUGCAUGCCGUUGCGUCGCGGGGUGUCCCAGUGUACAUCAUCCUGAACCAAAGGUCCGUCCUGGACAACGUCACCCCACUGAGGCUGAGGCACCAGAAUAUAAGUGUGCGAGUUUUGGGGGGAAGGACGUUCUGUUCCCGGGAAGGAAGGAUGGUGGUGGGGGAGCUGAAGGAUAACUUCCUACUGGUGGACCUGGACACCGUGAUGCUGGGGAGCUACAGUCCCACCUGGGCGGAUGCCCACCUGCACCGCCAACUGGUGACGGUGUUCAGUGGCCAGGUGGCAGAGUGCUUCGAUCAGGAGUUCCGGAUCCUGUACGCGGCUUCCUCCCCUAUCCCCAUCACCUGGAGGCCGGGCAAGCCACCGACGCGAGCGGAGAAUGUCCAGCAGCCGCCAGAGCGGACGGACCGCCAGAUUCUCCCUCUCCUCCCAUUGGACAUCCCCGGUCACGUGACCCCGCCACCUCCCACAGACUCCCCUCUGGACUGGGAGGCCCUCGGGGUGACCAGCAGGAACCACUUCCCUGAGAGCCCUGUCAAUCUACUCAAGGAGGGGGAGGGGCCGGCCUUGCCUCCUUUAAAAAUUGAACAGAAGGCAUCAGUGGAGGAGGAGCCUCCGCCCUGCAAGGCGGAGUGUGAGCCAGGCUCCCCUCCGGUGCACCUGCAGCAGCACAGAAAACAACAAUCUGCGACCGAGACCUGCGUUUCCCCUGACAAUGAAAGUACUCUCCGGGACACGCCCAGAGCACUGUACAGACCACACUCCCUGCAAACACUCCACGAAAAUGACGACAGGCAGAUCAUCAAGCCAAUGGUCCACAAAACGGAGAUACAGCCAGUGGAGGAGGAGUGCGCAUCCUCUGUAGCCAAUCAGCAAAGGAAUGAGGAAAAGGGGCGGUUCUGCUUUAGCCUCAGGAGGGACAGUGCUGAGGGGACAGGGCUGAAGCCACAGGCGACUGGCCCAGGCCUCAGCAGUGAGCGAGUCACCCCACCCCCAAAGAAGCCUCUGAUUCUCAGAGUGCCCGUCUCUCAGACGGGCAAUGGCAGCGCUCUCAGUGAUGUUUUGAAGAGGUUACAGCCGCGCCUCGGCCGGCCGGUACAGCCAGUGAGGAGUGCUCUGAGUGCGGGGCCAGCACUCAGCAGGUCCAUGCUGGACCUGAGUUUGCAGCCCACAGAACCAGAACCAGACAUGGCAACUCCGCCACGGAGGUCACAAGCCAAUUGCACAUCCCGUCUGACCCCUGCACAGGCGCUGAUGACGCACCGCAACAAUGAGACAAAGUCUGGGGUUCCCAAACCCCCAAAAGUCUUCCUGCCCCCGUCCCGGCCACGGAGCUCCAGCUUCGGCUUUGGCGGGGAAUGGCAGCGGCCACAGUGGAGGUGGGACAGGACUCGGCGUGACCCAGAUCCUACGGAAGAGGGGGAUGAGUGACGGGAGGGGGUCAGGGGGAGGAGCGUAUCUGACCGGAGUACAGAGUCUGGCCAAAUCAGGAUUCAGUGCUGAUGCCUGAUACACUGACCAAUGCACAUCAAACACAGUACUCUGCAUGGGGUCCCUACCUGUAACUACUGCCUGUUACCAGUACAUGCAGUACUAUAUUUUUCAGACCCAUAAAAGUAGUUUAACAAGAUGAUAGACAUACUAUCAAAUGCACUGUAAUGAUUUUUGUCAAGAAUAAGUAUGAGGUUUGUAUAUUCAGUUGAAAAAGAGCAUAUAACAUGACUCAAAAAUA